AUGCCUAUGCUUGGAGUAUGUGAAGUAAAAUUUGCAGAAAAAGUAGCAAAUUGGAUAGCCAAGGGACUUCAACCCAAGAUCAAUGAAAACAUUCAACAAAAUGUUAAAGCAAAAUUGAACACAUUGGUUCUAGCUGGUCAUAGUAAAGGUGGAAAAACAGUAUUUGCUCUAGCAAUAGAUCAAGCAAAAACCAACCUCAAAUUUUCUGCCCUAAUUGGAAUAGAUCCAGUAGCAGACCCAUGUAAGGGCAAGAUAACAAGAACACGUCCUUGCAUUCUAACGGGCCAGGCCCAAUCCCUAAACUUAAACAUGCCUGUUAUGGUGAUUGGAACUGGGCUAGGCCCAAAACCUUCUAAUUGCUCUCUUGUACCCUGUGCUCCUGAGGGGAGGAACCAUGAGGAAUUUUUCAAUGAGAGUAAACCACCUUGUGCACAUUUUGUUACUAAGGAUUAUGGUCAUAUGGAUAUGUUGGAUGAAGACACCCAAGGUUUAAGAGGAAGACUUUUGAAGUGUAUGUGUAAGAAUGGAAUUGGACCUAAGGAUUUGAUGAUAAGGACCAUGGGUGGCUUAGUUGUUGCAUUUUUGAAGGAUUAUUUGUAUAACCAAAAGAAAAAUUUUCAAGCUAUUUUGGAUGAUCCUAAUCUUGCUCCUGCCAAGCUUGAAGACCCUGUUUUUUAUCCAUGA